UCAAGUGGUAGUCCCCAAGCUAGGACUAGCUCCCAGCCAAAUGAAGUGGCGCUUGCGAGCUGCUGCCCGAGACAUCCUCCAGAGCAGCAGCGGAAGGAGGAGGUCGCCGCCGCCGCCAGCAUCGCGCCAGCCCAGCACCCUGAAGAAGCCGGCCGGUUGCCCAGCGCUCGCUGCCCCCGCGGCCGUGCGCUCCGGCUCCUCCGUCACGCAACUCUUGGGAAAGAGCCUGCGGGGCGAGGGUCGCCUCCUCCCGCCCUCCUCCCCGCCACCUACCUAUUCUCGCCGGGACAAAGCCAUGAAGCAGGCGCUGCUGGAAGUGAUGAGGAUCAAUCGGAUUUGCCGGAUGGUUUUGGUCACUUGCUUGGGAUCCUUCGCCCUCGUCAUCUUCUAUUUCCAAAGUAUGUUACAUCCAGUAAUACGUAGGAAUAGCUUUGGGAUGGACAUCUGCUGCCGAAAAGGAUCGAGAAGCCCGCUACAAGAGCUGUACAAUCCAACCCAGUUGGAAUUAUCCAGCACAGCAAUCCUUCACCAAAUCCGGAGGGAUCAAGUUACAGAGACAUGUCGAGCCAACAGCAUGUCCAGCAGGAAGCGCCGUGUGCUGACACCUAAUGAUCUCAAACAUUUGGUGGUUGAUGAAGAUCAUGAAUUGAUUUAUUGCUAUGUCCCCAAAGUGGCCUGUACCAACUGGAAGAGAGUCAUGAUGGUGUUGACUGGGAGAGGAAAAUACACUGAUCCAAUGGAGAUACCAGCUAAUGAAGCACAUGUCUCAUCAAACUUGAAAACACUCAACCAGUACAGCAUCCCAGAGAUCAACCAUCGCUUGAAAAACUACAUGAAGUUUCUAUUUGUCCGUGAGCCUUUUGAGAGACUGGUGUCAGCCUACAGAAACAAAUUCACACAGAAAUAUAACACCUCCUUUCACAAGAGAUAUGGUACCAAAAUCGUGAAGCGCCAAAGGAAAAAUGCAACACAGGAGGCUCUGCAUAAAGGUGAUGAUGUAAAAUUUGAAGAGUUUGUGGCUUAUCUCAUAGACCCACAAACUCAAAGAGAAGAGCCAUUCAAUGAACACUGGCAAACUGUCUUUUCUCUGUGCCAUCCUUGUCACAUCCAUUAUGACCUCAUAGGGAAGUAUGAGACUCUUGAAGAGGAUUCCAACUACAUCCUUCAACUAGCAGGAGUAGGAAACUAUCUCAAGUUCCCCACCUAUGCAAAGUCUACAAGAACUACUGAUGAAAUGACUACAGAGUUCUUCCAGAACAUCAGUUCAGAGUACCAAACACAGCUGUAUGAAGUCUACAAACUUGAUUUUUUAAUGUUCAAUUAUUCAGUGCCAAGCUACCUGAAACUGGAAUGAAAUGAAAUGAGGAUAGCCUGAGAAAGAAAGAAAGAAAGAAAGAAAGCUGUUUAAUUUAAGAUUUUUAUUUGUCAUAAUUAUGUAUGAAGAAUGGGUUAUUUUGUAAGUUAAUAUUUUUCUCUUUUUUUUAGUAAUGCUGCGAGCAGCAUAGUUGAAAAUUUAUUAUUUAAAUGGUUGGUAAGAAAGGACAGCUCUGCAGGGUAAGAAAAUUGCAGUGACAAUAGCUCUAGAAGUAACAAGUAAGUGCUACACUGUUUUGGGGUGGAAAAUGUUCCUUAUGCCCUGACUUAUUUUUUUAAUUUUAUUUUUUUUGGCAUUCUUAAUAAAUCCAAGCCUUUAGGUUAUUUAUGCUUACAAAAUAGAUUCCUCAUUAGAAGCUGAAAUGCAAUGCUGUGUAAGCAUAAAAGAAAAAAGGAAGAAAAGAAACGUUUCCUGUGUUCUCAUUGCUGGAGUUUUCCUCUGCCAUAAUACUCCUUCAUUAUGGGGGGAUGAAUGUGCUCACCGAAUUGGAAACAUUGCAGUGGGCAGUAAGGCCCAGGGACUAUAAUAGAUUUAUGGAUUUGGGAGCCUUCUGAUUCUCUGAUUUGUAAGACAUGCUUUUCUACAUAAAGAUGCACCUACUUGGUCUCAGAACAUUUAGACCAUUAAAAAGUCAUACAUUUGUGCAUUCCAAAUACCAGGUAAGAGGAGGAAGGAAAUGUUCUGGAAAGUGAUGGCAUGACUCAGUCUCCUGUCCCUUAAAGGAGACAACCAAGCCAGAGACUAUUGAGAAUUAUCUGCCCCUCCUAAUUACCCUUAGAGGGAAUCCU